AUGUACUUCGUGUAUGGUUGCCCGAAGGUGCUAUCUUUGCGCCCGGAGCCCAAGCGCGGAGAGCAAAUCCUCGAGGUCGCGUUCAACCCGUCCGGGUCCCUGUUUGCUGUAGCGUCCACCUCGCGAUUGUGUCUCUGGUCGGGCGGCAAGGACCAUGUCCCUCUGGGCAUCCUGACGCUCCCGCUGCGUGGCCUAGCAGCCACGAGCCUGCUGUGGAAGAGAGACUCGAGUUUGCUCGGAAUGGUGUCAUCUGCUGGAAAGCUGGUGCUGGUUUCGGUCAAGCGGAGGGCCGGGGCGAGGCCGGCGAGCGAGAGGUUUGCUCUGCCGGAGUGGAUCGAGCCUCAGUCGAACCUCGCUUAAGUUAACACAUGGUUUUUCCCGAAAAAAAGUUAACUUAAGGCGAGGAAGUUAACUUAAAAUUCAGGGGACCACAACUCACCAUCCCCGGGGCCAAUAGAGGCGGUGAAUACCUCAAUAGACGCGCAUUGGGCUCCACUACGUGUUUGACGAGAGAGGAGACUGAAAAAAGUGAGAGGGAGCAUAUUUUUAUGUCCAUUUUACUAAACAACACUAUAACCAAGAUGCUAUGUUGGAACGCUUGAACCCACGCACACAUUUCUCGUCGAUCGCAAUGUACAGCCACUCCUGUGUAGUAGUCUCAUGCGGUCCCACGCAUUCAAGACAUACAUAGGCCACCCCAAACACAGCUCUGGUCGUUUGUACCGCACACUCUACGACCUCCACAUGUCGCGCAGAGUUGCCUGCAGCUCCCCCCCCUCCUUGGCUCGCCGCUUCACUUGAGUUUCGUGAGUGAACGAAUGCACAACUUUCGAGAGCAGGUACUGGGUCUCGCGGUACUCCCCAUCCUUUCCGUUCGCGUACAAGUAGGAGCAAACCUUCUCUAGGCUACCGCGAACUUCGGCCUCUGUCAUCGAAGAUGUUACGCACGACUCUGGUCUACCCCCACCAUCUUCAUCGUCCGUGGAGUCCGGUACCGUGCAUGUAGGCUCCUCGCAUCGUUUUUUGCCAGGCGCAGACGAUGCACCGCUGGAUGGAAGGAAUCUCUCCAUACCCACAGACAGCAGGUGCAGCAGCAGACCUCUUAUUGGCGGUCUACAGAGCAGUGAGAGCACUGCUGCUGCUGCUGGUUUUGAGGGGGUCCGUGGACUGUAUUUUUACCCCCCCUGUAUGCAAUACUUUCUGCGGGGCACCAUGUUUCCGAAAAAAAUUGUUAACUUUACUGGGGGAGUUAACUUAAUUUUCGUUAACUUAAGCGAGGUUCGACUGUACAGGAAAAUGUUCGUCAGCGUUGCAGGUAUGAAGAUGCUCAUUUCACCGUUGAUCCAACUGGUCUCUGCCGUUGGUCUAGGCCCGAAAGCGAGUCUCUGAUUCGAGUCUCGUGUCUGGCCUUUUGUUGUCUUUUUUGCUUUUUUUCAGAUUUUGGAGUAUAUCUUUUUCCUAUCAUUGUUGUUGUUGUUGUUGUUGUUGUUUUUCUUCACAUUAACUCGUGUCAGUCGCUAAUCCCAAAAUCUAGCCAAGACUCGGUCCGUGGUCACAAAAAUGCUAGAGCCAUCAGAAGAUCUUGAAGAACACACACACUAUUAGCAAGGAAUGGGUACGCAAGCCCGAGGAGGUACACCUGCAAUCCCCGCAGCACGUUUGCGUGCUCACAACUGAACUACACGCCCAC